AUGGCAACACAAUGGCCGUCAACAUUGUUGCAGUUGCUUUUAGUAUGUGUGGCAGUCGCACUGCCCGAAAGCGACGUCAGCAACGAUAUAAACUUGAAAGUUCUGCAAGGCGAAACACGGCAAGCUGUUAUACUGCGAGAAUUCACGAAAUUAUAUAAUAAACACAAAGGGAUGAAUGUGAGCCUUGUACCUGUACAUCCAGCUGCCUACGACUACUUUAGAUUAUCGGGCGACACAAUUCGGCGACGCAGGAGACAAGCUUGUGCGACCGAUUGCACGAUGCCUGUUAUUGGAGAUGGUCCCACUGCGUUCGGCGGUCUUGUCUCAAAUAACAUGUACUUCGAGAUAAGUUCCGAUGCUUGCCCUGUUCUAUCUAUAACUUGCGUUGGAGGCGGUUAUGCAGCUAUCGAAGUUAACACGAACUUUGAGGAGGGCAGCAUGUUAGCUGGAGAGUUUGAUGAUGUCUCAGUUGUAACAGCAACAUUAACAUGUGAAGAAUAUGGUUGGGGGGCGACUUCACAAGACCUUGCUCCCAUUGGGAAUGCUUUCACAUGCGAAGGUUAG